ACUGAGACGCGUGCGUGCAAAACGUCAUAUUAAACCAAUCAGAAACUUUAAAUGCAUAACGUGAUUUCGAGCACGUGGUCGUGGUAUUGUGCUCCAUAAAAUUUAUGAAGCUCACAAUUAGUCAUCUUUUGUUGUGACGAGAGAAUCAUCGUAUUUAUAAAACAACUUUUACAAUCAAUUGUAAAUUAAUCCAUUUUUGAUUUGAGAAAAAAAAAUUAAAAAAUGGGCUUAUCGAUAGAAAUAAAAGAGAUCGGCGACAAUGAAUUUAAAAUAAAGGCAUCUGGGUAUAUUUCAAGUUUAAUAACAGACGCAGAUAGACGUAAAUUUGGAGUGGAUGAUGAUGAUAUUAAAGAAGCUGUCGAUUGCUACAAAGGCAAAAGGCCAACGGACGUCUAUCUCCGCAGUCCGACUCCGUGGGGUGACAUGUACGAUACCUACGACCUAGACCAGACGGAAAAAGUAAUUAGAGUAAUAAAGACGAAAGUUAUCAGCGUGUCAAGUCGUCCGGAGAUUGUUACCAAAGCUACUCUUAAUAACACAGAGUCAGCAGAACCGACGACAUUCAACACGUCUAUUGAGAAAACAGUAACUAAUUCGGUGUCAUCUUCGUGGAAGAAUGAGAAUAAUAUAUCCAUAAGUCGCUCGGUUGGCUACGACAUAAAAGCGGCUAAAGGAGAUAUUUCGUUUAGUUAUUCAAAAAAUUGGGGUAGCACGGAGAUAAAAUCUAAAGCAGUUACUUUGAAAUCGGCAUCUUCUGUGCAGAAGACUUUGGGACCCGGUAAGUCGGCUACCAUUGAACUGAUGGCUCACAGAAAAGUCGCAAAAAUUGAAAUAACUUAUGAGUGCAGCUUAGAAGGCGACGUGGGCAUAAAUUAUCACGAAAGAUACAAAGGAUACCAUUUUCAUUUUGUCCCGAUUGACACUAUAAUGGAAGCCGGUGAUAUUGACAAUUCGCUUAUGGUUAAAGAAAUUAUCGAACUAGAAUUGUACAGUGAUACUACUAUUAACGUUAAAAGUUAAUCUUACUUUUGACAUUAAUUUUUUAACAUUAACUUUUAAAAUCUGGCACUGCUGCGAGAACGCGGACGAAAAGUUCCCCUUCCCAAGCAUCACUUUAGCAUCACAUACAGCCUAAACGAUGCUUGA